GACAACCCUAUCCUCCCGUGGUCUAGCUUGAAUGCUCCCAAGAGCCCCUAGAACCCUCUACCAUCCUACCAAGGCAAUGUAUCAACCCCACAAAGUCGGCAAUUCCGCACGUCAAACGUUUAACUCACAAUCCCGUUCCGACAUUCGUCAUCAUCAACAGCCGCCAUCCACUGAAACUGCGGAUGGAGCUGCUAAGAGCAGGCGCAAAGGCAAGCAAAGAGCAGAUCCACUACUUAUUCAACCGAAUCCUGGUAAAGAGAGAGAAAUUGAGGGUUCCACUAGCUCUGUACCUGCUCUCAUAGACGAGGCAAUACACACUUCGAUAUCACCAACGUCCCUCUCCUCAAGCCUUGAAUCAUCAUUUGACAGAGCCUGUCCUUCACCCAUACCUGAACCCCCUAGGGUCCACUACCCUCCCUCUUUACGGCCGCGACAUCCUCGUCUACUUUCCCAGCUUGCAAGAUCUACGUUACCAACAGCAAGCGUGAGUUGUCCGUCCCUUGAACAACCUCAACAUGGACGGCGAUGGUCCGUAUCAGAAAGCAUGGUCAUAGGAGCAGGUGAAGGGUCGAGCUUAUGGCAAAGGUCGGUGCCUACCACAGCACUGUCAGACGAACCUUUUCCUGAUCUUGAUCCUACCACCGGCUUGCCUCUGGAACUAUCGUUUCAUCGUAGAGGUUCUGCGUCUUCAGACACCCCUUCUCUACACCUUCAAAGAACGAUAACUGGGCUUUUAUCGGCUCCCACUGCCAAGUCGGCUGGAGAGUCGUCUGUGGCGAACAUGAUGCCCAACUUUAAUUUCUCUCUCCCUCGCGUGUCUUUUCCGUCGAAGCCUAGUCUAGAUUUUGGGAAACGAAAUUUCUCCACAUCUUCGUCACAGGAUGACUGGGGCUCUUGGGCGAGUGGAUGGUGGAGUGGGAAUAAAGGAAAAGUAGAUCAGAUGAUGAGCGAGGAAGACAAGGCAGACACUGUUGAAGAAGAGCAAGAAAAGCUAAGAAAGAAAUAUCGGUCUCCGAAACACCCUGUGGUGUUCUGUCACGGCCUUUUGGGAUUUGAUUAUCUCGGCCCGGCUAGUAUGCCCCCUCUUCAAAUAUCCCAUUGGAGGGGUAUAAGGGAAGUAUUAGAAUCAAAUGGCGUAGAAGUCUUGAUUGCUAGAGUGCCUGCUACUUCUUCUAUCAAAGACCGCGCUCGAAUCCUCGCGGAUUUCAUCUCGGAGAAAUAUCCAGGGCGGGAGAUCAACCUGGUAGGACAUAGCAUGGGCGGGCUUGACUGCCGAUAUCUUGUAUCUCAGAUCAAAGACAAGUCAUUCAAGCCAAUCUCGCUGACGACCAUCUCCACCCCUCACCGUGGCUCACCCUUUGCGGACUAUUUGAUUGAUAACGUCAUUGGACGUGAGCGGCUACCGUCACUACUUGGGCUGUUGGAAACAAUGCGUCUCCCACAGUCCGGUGACGGCUCGGCCUUCAGUGCUCUGGGUACGAACUCGAUGAAAGAAUUCAAUGCGGAAGUGGUUGACAGCGAAGACGUCAAAUACUAUUCAUGGGGUGCGAGUUUCGAGCCGGGGUUGCUUGAUACUUUUAAAUGGCCUCAUUCCAUCAUCUACGCAAAGGAAGGAGCAAAUGACGGAUUGGUCUCUGUCCAUAGUGCAAUGUGGGGUGAAUAUAGGGGCACCCUGGUGGGAGUGAACCAUUUAGACUUGGUCGGAUGGGUCAACACGGUUAGAUAUGCAGUAGCUGGGUGGACGGGAAAGCCAAUAGCUUUUAAACCUGCUACUUUUUACCUCGAGGUCACCGACUACCUGGCGGAGCAAGGUUUCUGACCAUUGCUCGAGAACUGCCUCGAAUCUUGAUUUAAAGAAAAGAAGAAAGGUGGCGAAACUGCAAAUGCA